AUUCGUCGCGAAAAUCAAUCGAAAGAUGCAAAUGAAAAGGAAAUGCGAAGAUCACAAGCAACUCAUCAAGAACAAUUUAGUCGCAAUCAAACUCGCGAUGACAAAUCGACAACCAGCAGAGAUGACACUGAUAUCACCGUCGAUGGCGUCGGCUCUGAUGACGACGUGAAAAUUGCGACCAAUAAUAGUCACACGCACAAUACCGAUCAGCAAAACGAGAGGAAGGAAAAUGCAAAGAAAAAUUCAGAUGAAUAUGACAGAAAAAUGGACAACAAAGAAAGAAUCCAACACAAUUACGACUCAAACAGUUGGGCUAACGCGGACAGAAUCAGUUCAACAAUUUCAGGGAAAUUGUCAAACGAUUCCGAUAGUUCACGGCGAGUCGAAAAUUCAAAAGAAGACGUUGAAAAAUUAUUACAAGAAAGUAGAAAUCACGUCCAAUGGGACGGAGAAAAAUUUGUGCCCAAACCGAUGCAACUGAGCAGAAUCAAUUUGGGCAAAUUUCGUGAUUCUCAAUCGUUUCAAGAUCGCAACGUUCGUGUCCGUUACACGACCGCUGAACUAUCGGCGCCAAUCAAAUUUGUAGAACACGCAGAAUUGACUGUCACCGACGAAUGGAACAAUUUAAAGGAGGAACUUAAAGCCACUACUGAACUCUUAAAUACAACUGUGAACAACUUGGUGAAGACAAAUACCGAACUGAGGAAUGCAAAGAACGAUUUAACUAUUACAAAUAAUAAAUUAGAAGGGACUAAAAAGGAGUUAGAGAAAACGAAGGCCAACGUCAAUAAUUUGUCUUCCCAAUUAAAUGAGACUAAAAAGGAGUUGGUGAAAACGAGGGCUGAUUUAACCAAAAACCUCGAUGGUUUAUCUUCAAAAUUAAAGACGACCGAAAAAGAAUUGGCAGAGACAAAAAUAACGGCCGGGAAUAUUUCAACUGAGCUCAAAAUGAAUUCAAACCAAUUACGUCAAGAUCUAAAAGUCACCGAAGAAAAACUGAAAAGAGAUCUGAGAGCAACCUCAAAUGAUUUGAAAACUGCAAAAACAAAUUUGGCCUCAGCGAGAACGGAAUUGAACAGCACCAAGUCCGCCGUUUCGCAUUUGGCGACCGAAUUAAAAGCGAAUUCGCAACGAUUUGGUUACGAACUAAAAACUGCCGAAGACAAUCUGAGAAAAUUACUUAAAGCAACUUCAAAUGAUUUGGAAACUGCAACAACAAAUUUGGCCUCAACGAGAAUGGAAUUGAGCAGCACCAAGUCGGCCGUUGCGGAUUUGACGACCAAAUUAAAUGCCCGAACGAGUGAAAUAGUCGACAUUGGUAAAAUGCCAACCUCCUGUUGGGAUCUGGAGCGAAUGGGGCACAAACUGAGCGGAUUCUUUUUGGUAAAAGGAUCGAAGAAGAUGGAAAUGAUUUACUGUGACUUUUAUCCUAAUCAAAAUGACAAGCAGAAAUGGAUCGGAUUCGCCGACGUCAAAUCGGCGCCCGUCCAUUUCUACGUCCAGAGAAAUUCUGAAUUUAACAAAACAGAAACUCCGAUUCCGUUCGAGUUGACGCGGGUGAACGAGGGAAAUGCCAUGAAUUUGACAUCGGGGAAAUUCACGGCCCCGAGACCGGGAAUUUAUUUUUUCUCUUUCGCGGGAGUGGCGCGUCUUGAAUCAUCUUCUAUUUAUUUGUAUUCUUCUCUUUAUUUGAACGGGAAUCUAAUCGGGAUGAGUUUUGUUCAAGAGAAGAAGGGCUCCGUUGAUCAAUGGAGUCCGUUGACCCUUCAGUCGACACUGAACUUGAAAAAAGGCGAUCAACUCUGGGUGCAGAUUAAUUAUUCUGGUUCAUCCGCGUAUUUGCUUGACAACGAAUACCACCACACCCAUUACACGGGUUUCAUGUUGGAGGAGGAAAUUGUGGCGUCCCUUUGAGGUUUUGGGUUCAACAUCCGAAAUCGCAAAAUGAACGUCGAGACGAAAAUUUGGGGAGGGGAAUUUUAAGGGGGAAGGGAAAUAAACUAAUUCGUUUUCAAUUCAUAAAGGGAUUUGCCAUUUCUUUACCAAAAUUGAAUUGUAGAUGCAAUUUCACUUAGUGAAUACACUAACCAAGUUUCAAAAUUCUAUAUGCAAAACUCUAGACGUUAUGAACAAAAAACCAAUUUUAAUUGCCAGAUUGACAAAAAACGGAAGGCCUUGAAAUGGGAGAAAAUUCAUUCGAGU